AUGGGGCCAGAGGCGAGUCCAAUCGCGCUGCCCACUGCCGCCGCGCCGACUGCAGGAGCGGCACCGGCACCGGCCUCCUCGCUAUCGGCCCCCUCGUCCACCCCAGCCUCCUCGGCUCCGGCACCCAUUCCCACUCCCUGUUCCUCCCCAGCACCGACGGCGCCAUACACCGCCCGCUCCGCCUCCAGCGCCUCGCUCCAGCCUGGGAACAGGUUCGGGUAG